UGCGGCCAGGCCGGGCCGGGCUGCAGUGUUAGAGCAGAACGGUGCCUGCUCGGCCAUGGUGGUUCUGAGGAGUAACAGUGCCCGCCCGCCCGGGCCAGCGACCCGCGACAGCCGGCGCCUCCGCUCCUCGUUCGACCUCAUGGACUCCAGCUCCGAGUUCAUUACCCUGGAGUCCCCCUCGCUCAGCAGCCGCCGCAUCUGGACGCGCUCUGGGGCCUCCUCGGUCACCACCAGGGCCGCGGGAUCCAGGGGGACCAGGAGAGCCGGCGAGGACGUGAGUAACCGGGAAUAUUCCUCUAGCAAAAUGGAAUGUUUCGGUGGACACUGUUUAAGAUCAAUGAGGAAAAGCGUGCCACCCUGUUCAGACUCUAGCUUUGACAAAAGCAUGGAGAUACUAAGUGAAAAUGUCAAUCGAAGACACUUAACAAGGCAGUUGGCAAAGCAGAAAUCAAAACAGACAAAAGAAUAUAACGAAGUCACCAGGACACUGAAGACCAGAGCUGAGGCAAAAGCUGCAGAACAUGUCCAUGAACAAAAUGGAGAUUUAGAGGUCCGCCGAAGCUGCAGGCUUCAACAAAGUCGUUACACCACUACAAAUCAGUCUGUAUUGUUUGACAAACUUAUAACAAAUACUGCAGAAGCUGUCUUGCAGAAGAUGGAUGACAUGGAGAAGAUGUGUAGACGGCGAAUGAUGGAAGACCUGGGAGUGUUCAGCAACACAGAUGAAAACCUCAGUAUGUACUCCCGAGGAAAGAAAGAAAUCCAGAGAGCUGACAAAGAAAUAGCUGAUAAGCAAAAGGUCACUGUAGUAACUUCAUCAGACGAAAGUGAAGAGAAAGAAGAUGAAGAUGGUGAAUGCCCUCGAAAGCGUUAUUUCUUUCGACAGAGGAAGACUGUGGAGCGCUACCAAGCGCCGCUGGAAAAACCAAGACAACGUAAGAUGUAUUUUCCGGGCCAGUCUUCACCUGUCAGACAGACAUGUUCAUUUUCAAGCGCUCAGACGCAAGACUCUUGCUACAAAAGUAAUAACAGACGGAAACACGCGGUCCACAGCAAUGAUUCCACAUCCUCUUCCUCCUCAUCUGAUGAUGAUGAUGAAGAUGAAGAUGAAGAGCAUUUUCAGAGGCGUAGGAGGCACAGCCGUAACAGAAAUUUAAGAAGGUGUUUGCCACUCAACUUCCAGACAGAUGAGCUAAAGGGAAUUCGCAGGGAUCGAAUGAAAAUUGGAGCAAGUUUGGCUGAUGUUGAUCCAAUGCAAAUCGAUUGUUCAGUACGAUUUGAUGCUGUGGGUGGUCUUUCUGACCACAUUUCGUCUUUGAAAGAGAUGGUCGUUUUUCCAUUGCUGUACCCAGAAUUCUUUGAGAGAUUCAAGAUCCAGCCUCCAAGAGGCUGUCUAUUCUAUGGUCCACCAGGGACUGGAAAGACACUGGUUGCUCGUGCACUUGCUAAUGAAUGUAGCCAAGGUGACAGGAGAAUAGCCUUCUUUAUGAGAAAAGGUGCUGACUGCCUGAGUAAAUGGGUGGGGGAAUCUGAACGACAGCUUCGCUUAUUAUUUGAUCAGGCCUACCAGAUGCGUCCUUCGAUUAUUUUCUUUGAUGAGAUAGACGGUCUUGCUCCUGUGAGGUCCAGUAGACAAGACCAAAUUCAUAGCUCUAUUGUGUCAACACUUCUGGCACUUAUGGAUGGCUUAGACAACAGAGGAGAGAUUGUGGUGAUUGGAGCCACCAACAGAUUGGAUUCUAUAGAUCCGGCUUUACGAAGACCCGGACGCUUUGAUCGGGAGUUCCUCUUCAGCUUGCCAAAUAAAGAGGCCAGAAAAGAGAUUUUCAAGAUUCACACACGAGACUGGAUCCCUAGGCCACUGGACACGUUUCUUGAAGAGCUGGCUGAAAAAUGUACCGGAUACUGUGGUGCUGAUAUUAAAUCCCUAUGUGCUGAAGCUGCACUCUGUGCUUUGCGCCGCCGCUAUCCUCAGAUAUACAAAAGUAGUGAGAAACUGCAGUUAGAUAUCGCUUCUAUUAAAUUAACAGCAAGGGAUUUUGUCACGGCUAUGCAGAAGAUUGUUCCAGCUUCACAGAGGGCUGUGGCUUCACCUGGGCGAGCACUGUCACCUAUUGCAAAACCACUGUUCGAAAAUACACUAGCAAGAAUUUUACAAGCCUUGCAGAGAGUAUUUCCCCAUGCAGAGCUUGCACUAAAGGACCGACAGCAAGACAGUUUAAAUCACGCUUUAAGAAAUGUGAUUGACAGUGAUGCAGAAUCACCGCCAAUCUUUGAAGAGAAUCCAACUCAGAAAACACCUGGUAAACAACCGGAAGGAUUCCUCAACUUUGGCAGAAAUGUUUAUUACCAGCCAACAUCUUGUAGGCCACGGCUCUUACUAGUGGGAGAGCCAGGAUAUGGGCAGACUUCUCAUUUGGCACCUGCAGUAAUACACGCCCUGGAGAAGUUUCCAGUUUAUACACUAGAUCUAUGUAUGUUGUUGGCAAGCAUCACUUCACCAGAAGAAACAUGUGCGCAGUUGAUACGAGAAGCUCAGAGAACGGCACCCAGUAUAAUUUAUAUCCCACAUAUCCAUUCAUGGUGGGAGGCUGUUGGAGCUACACUGAAAGCUACUUUUACAACACUACUGGAGAAUAUUCCAACAUUUGCACCAGUUCUGCUGCUUGCAACAUCUGAUGUGCGUCACGCGGAUCUCCCGAAAGAGAUCAAAAACUUAUUUAAUGACAGCCAUGAAGAAGUUUUCAAAAUCCAGUUGCCUGACAGGCAAGAAAGAGGAACAUUUUUUGAGGACUUAAUUGUAAAUCAAGUUGCUAAACCUCCUGCACCCAACACAGCUUGCCGUCCAUUGGAAGAACUGCCUGUAGCACCACCACCUAAGCCUCGACAAUUGACAGAGGAGGAAAGAAAGCAGCUGGAGGAGCAGGAGGAGGAUACAUUGCGUGAACUCAGGAUUUUCCUAAGGGAUGUGACUCAUAGACUUGUCAUUGACAGACGUUUCAGAGCAUUUUCAAAGCCUGUUGACCCAGAGGAGGUACCUGAUUAUGGCACAGUUAUCAAGCACCCCAUGGACCUUUCAACAAUUCUGUCCAAGAUUGACUCACACCAGUACCUAACUGCAAGAGACUUUCUAAAAGACAUUGAUCUAAUCUGUAGCAAUGCGUUAGAGUACAACCCAGAUAAAGAUCCUGGAGGUCGUCUCAUUAGGCACAGAGCGUGUAUUCUGAGGGACACUGCGUAUUCCAUAGUGAGGGAAGAAAUGGAUGAAGAUUUUAAACGAUGCUGUGAAGAAAUACAAGAAUCUCAUAAGGAAAGAGGGACUAAGGGAACAGACCCGGAGUGUAGCGAUAAACUGAAGGUGCCAGAAGAGCCUGUAGGCUUCAGUACACCCUACCGUAAAGAUACGGAAAAAAGAAAACGCAAAAAGAAAGUGCGUUCAAAGAUCGCAAGCAAGAGGAUGAGUUUUCAGUUCAAUAAAGAGAAUAAAGUUCCAGAAGAGCAAAAUGAAGUAGAGAGUGAUGAGGAGUUAGAAACAAGAAGACCUGUUUCUACCACAGAAGGGGACUCCACACAGGAUUCUUCAGUGGAGGAGAAUGAAUAUGUCCUGCAGGAACGACACAAAAAUGCAAAUGAAAAUAAAACUGGUCCAACAGAUGUGUGGGUGCCCCGUGUGGUUUGUGCGAGGCGCUCUGGGGGAGAAGAGCAUCCAGUGAUGGGUGUUGAGAAAGCAAUGGAAAUUCCCACACAACCAGUGGUUGUGGAUAACUUUGAACUCAAACAACUGCUGCAUUUUGUCAUCGUGAUAACUAAGAACUUUGACAUUCUUAAGCUGGAAAAACUCUAUGCAAUUAUCAGUCAGUGCAUUUACCACCACCGAGAAGAUUACGACAAAACUGAAUUAGUGAAGGAAAUGAAGAAACAGAUUACAGCCUUCACGUACUCCCAGUGACUCUUGAUUUUGGACUAAAGGACUUCUUGCUCUAAUGCUUUCUUUUUAUUGCAUAAUUCAUUAAAGAUUACUUCUACAUAUAUAUUUAUAUGAAGAUAUAUUUGUUUUAAGAUUAAGAAAGCUCAUAUAAAGUCUUCUAAUUGCUUCUACCUUUUUGCCCUGUCAGUGUAUUUGUAUGUGACAUACUGCUGGGAUUGCCUUUGGAAAUACUGCAGAUCUGAACUUCUACAUAACUUAAGUACCUCUCUUUAAAAGAAAACUAUCGAAGAUAUUUCUUUGAUAAGCUUUUUCGUCAUUUUCCAGCUUCUGGAAACGUAUUUUUCUGAAGUAGUCAGGUGCUGUAUAGUCUGUUGUAUAUGACAAAAAGGCUUUAAACCAAAUCUCUCUUUUGGUAUAUGAAAAGUUAAUUCUUUAGAAACAUCUUAAUGCAGUUCAAAGGUAACAUUGUGGGGGUUUUUAGUUACCUCAUCAUACCCCAAGUUGCUUUCAUAGAAUUAACAACCUAAAGAAAGCAUGUGGGAGAAACACUCUUCUCACAACCUGAGAGCUUUUUUUUUGUAGCUUAUUUUUGCCUAUCAAAACCACUUAACUUGAAACAAAAGCAAGAUCAACUAACUUUCUACGGUAAAGUUUAGUCUUGUUUGUAAUAAUGGGAAUCUUCUUGAUAGUGGAUGUCACAACCAGUAAAUUGAGGCUAAAAGCACUAUGUUAUUGGAGCUUGGUUAAAGCUCCACCAGUGUUAACUCCAUGUUUGUGAUGCCACAUGGAUUUUUCACUAUGCUGCUGAUUCUUCACGUUUAUGGCCAGUGAUCCACAAUGUGCAAUCACUCACCUAAAAAAGGAGGGCUCUCAACCUUGAGGAGUUCCCUUGGAUGACAUCCUGACCCAAGGGGAGAGUCCCCAACUCUAGGCUGCUGCUCUGAGGACGAGUGACUCCAAAUGGCUGCACAAGGGGCUCCAUUUCUACCCUGCUCGGAUCUGAGCUGUGGUCAGAUGUGGUCACAUAGCCCCCAUGGGCUCAGUUUUCCUGGGCUCUUGUCUGUUGAGGGAAGCUUUCUCAGGCUUUGGUCAGGUCUUUUGUCAAGAGUGGGUGUAGCAGCCACAGGGAUGUUGACCAUCCACCUCUGACACAUCCUACCUUUCUGUUUGCAGCAGCCAAAAGCAUCUUUUCUGCAUGCUGGAUAGAAUGAAGUUGAGGGGAAUACUCAAGGUUUGCAGUGGAUGCUCUGAGGGAAGCAGACUUUGAUGAGAGGCAGUUGUGAGGCAGUAAUGUUUUUAUUUGGUAUGGCUGCUCUCUUAAGCUGCACCUUCAGAACAUCACACAAUACACAACUAGUUAAUGGGUCAAGGUGAGCACCUCAGGAUCCUUCCCUUUGCAGCUGGCACAGCUGUAUCUAAAAGAUCUGCAGCCUGGCUUCCAAAGAUCCAGUUACAGCACCCUUGCAUGGCAGGCACAGCUUCUCUGAUGGAAAACAACAGUGGCUUAGCAGUGGCUGCUGCUCUGUAACCAAGCGAGUUGUGUCACUGCUGUUCUGGAAGCAGUUGAUUUGGAAUGAUGAUCGCUGAUGUGAUAGCUUGAUUAGUAAUAAAAUAGUGUCUGAAAAUUAAACCUUCCUUUUCUGUGAAGUAUGAAAAAUUAACUCGUUUUAUCCAGAUAAAGCUUCAGAGAUACUGAAUUCUGUCUCUGAAGUGUCACUUGUAUUUUCCUUAUUUUGUUUUCCUUCAGCAACUGUUGCAUUUUGUCACCAUGGUAAGUGAGAACUUCAGCAUUCUUGAGCUAGAAAAACUACACACUUAUCAGUCUGUGCAUUUACCACCACCGAGAAGAUUACGACAAAACUGAAUUAGUGAAGGUGAACUGGUUUUUGCUUUCUAGCAUUUUCCAUCACUGUUAUGUUGUAUUUGGCAUAAUCAUUGGCUGUUCUAGUAGGGAAAGUCUUGAACUUGAAGACAGGCGAUCCACCCUGGCAAAGCAGUUCACCUCAGUCUGUCAACAGCUCUUCUCCAGACGCUUUCUAGGGCUGUGGGCUAUGAAGGAGGCUGCUUUUCUCAGUCUGUGGCUCCCUCUUUCUCCCCUUGCAGGCAGUCAGACAUGGCAAUGCUUUGUAUUGUAGUCAUGCCGUUCUUGAAAAGACAGAAGUGUGAGACAUAACAGGAGUGUGAGACUUUUCUCUGCUCUCACCAUAAUCUCUCAUUAACUAGCAGGGCUUGAGCAUCCUUCAUUUGACAUGCAGGGAGAUUCCUGCCUGUGACCAUUUAAUGGUAGUGAGUCAGAUUCCCUGACCGAGGUGAAUUCUGAGCUGUCAGAACUCAGGAAAAAUCUUCCAGAAGCUCCCAUGGUCCUAAGCAUUUUAACAGACACUGCUAGGGGCAGGUCCAGUGGCUUGUAGCUGAAUUAAACUGUAAACAGUCUUUAAGUACCCGGAGAGAACUGUAUCUGUUUAUUCCAUCAAAGUUAACAUACUGUUGGUGUAAGUAUAUUUAAGGACAAGUAAAGCAAUACCCUGUUUUGGAGAUGUAUGCCCCAUUACACCAGCAGAUAAAAUUUCUCUUGGUUGAUUUGUCAGAAAAUUACAAUGAAACAGCCAAACAGAAUAAAUCUCAGUGUGUUUUGGGCUCAAACCUGUGACAAAAUUCAUGGCUGUUGUGUUUUGUCACCUUGAGCACAUGUCUGGUGAUUCUGAACGCCCAACUGUGCCAUCCCUCUGUGGGUACUGUUUUUGUAAGUGAGUUUUGUUUCUUUCUAGUAUGCUUGUCCCAAACGUGUGUCCUACGCAGAACUUCAUCUUUUGUACCAUUUGAAGGUGGUUUAAUAAAAAAUCAAUGAAA